AGAUAGAGUUAAACAACAAAGACCACGUUGUUCUUAACUCAAUGGGUGCAACCUAUAUGGCUCGAGGAGGAGGAGGAGGAGGAGUUACAAGAUUCUUGCCUGGUUUCCGAAGAGAUAUUGGGUGCGAAAGGCUUAACUUUGCAUCCUAUGCUGAGCAACCUGACACGAGUUAUGGUGAUGUAGAGUUUGAGUUUCUUGGUGAUGGUGAGAUGUCAUUAGCUAAAAGCGAAAGUAGCAAUGAGUUUAACUUAAAUGAAAUGGAGUUAGAAGAAGAUGAUGGUGAGAGCGUUAAGAAUAGUAGCAUUAAUGAUAAUAGAAGCUUUUGGGACAACCAACACCAGGUUUUGCAGACCAACCUAUGCAGAACUAGUUCUGCGGAGUUAAGGAUAAGGAAUGCCACCAAAGAAGCGGUUCAAGACAUACAAAGCGCAGAAGAAACCGUGUGCAGUUGCAGUGUUAGACAGGUGUCUUGUCGAAACUGCGCGAUGAGAGAAGUCUCUAGGCGACUUCAGAAGGCUGGUUAUAACAGCGCCAUUUGCAAAACAAAAUGGAGAAGCUCCCCAAGUGUUCCAUCAGGGGAGCAUGCUUUUCUGGAUGUGAUAGAAAGUACAAGCAAAAAAGAAGGAGAUGUUAGGGUGAUCAUAGAACUGAACUUCCGAGCAGAGUUUGAGAUGGCAAGGGCAAGCGAGGACUAUAACAAGCUUGUCCGAAGGUUACCAGAGAUAUUUGUGGGAAAAGUAGAGAGAUUAAGCAACCUAAUCAAGAUCUUGUGCAUGGCAACCAAAAGGUGCACGAAGGAAAACAAAAUGCACAUGGGGCCAUGGAGGAAGCAUAAGUACAUGCAAGCUAAGUGGCUAGGUCCAUGCAAAAGGAAUACUUCAACAACUUCCCUUUCAAUGGGAUAUUCUAAGGAGAUGCCAAAGCCGAAGCCAAAGGCAUCUCUGUUAACAGUAGAUCUGCUUGAGAAGCUUCCCAAUAUGCACUCUACGGCUGUUAAAGUUGUGUAGUUUUAAAUAAUACAGAGAAACUCACGAAAUUAUGGUAACUUAGUUGAUGUUAAGGAAUUGAGCAAGUGCGGAUGAAAAUAUGUGUUCGAUCCUCCUUAAUAUUAUUUUUGAGAGGAAUUCAAAGCUUUAAACUCGAGAUCUAUCUCAAAUCUCGCAAAACGAUCAACUAAUUGGAAUAUCUCCAAAAAAUAAAAAAUAGAG